AUGUUGAACAUAUCGAGCACUGUUUGUUUUGCUAUUAUAUUAGCUGUGGUUGUGGAUGCAGCCAGAAUAUUAGGCGUAUUUCCAAUGACUUCUAUAAGCCAUCAAUAUGUGUUUAGAGCAUUAACAUUAGAACUUGCAAAAAGAGGACACGAAUUGGUUGUCAUAACACCAGAUCCGGCUUUUCCCAAAACUAAGGCACCCUACAAGUACACUGAAAUUGAUGUUAGCUUUACUUAUGAAAAAUUGAAAGAGUUUCAAAAUGAUAUGACUUUUUACAAACGUGGUGUUAUAAUAGAAGCAGAAACUGUCUUGAGAUUCGAUGUUUAUAAAUGUAUGUUAGAGUUGUACAUGGACGCAUUGCACUCUGAGAGUGUAGAAAAACUAAUUCAAGAUAAAAGUCAACGAUUUGACUUAAUUUUAUUAGAACGUUUGCUAAAUUAUCACCUUAUAUUUACCGAGAUAUUCAAGGCUCCAGCAAUUCUCGUGUCCUCAUUUCACGGUGUUCCUGAAAGUUACGAAAUCAUGGGUGCUGUAGCUAGGCAUCCCAUAUUUUAUCCCACAAUAAUGAGAGGAAACUUUGGCAACUUGAGUCUUAUCGAAAAAAUACAAGAAACAAAAUUCGAAUACGAAUUUAUGAAGACUUUGCAGAAAGUUGAAAAAUAUGAAAAUGAACAACUUAAAGCCAAAUUUGGUCCCAAUACUCCCACAGUUUUCGAAUUAAAAAAUAACAUUGAUUUUCUUUUUAUAAACUCCAAUCCAAUAUUUUGCAACAAUCGACCAGUACCCCCCAACGUAGCUUUCGUAGGACCACUACAUUUGCAACCACUGAAGGAAUUGCCACAGGAUUUAAAAUCAUACUUGGACUUUUCAAAAACUGGAGUGAUUUACGUCAGCUUGGGAACUAACGUGAAACCAUCUAAUAUGGACAAAGAACUGCUUAAUGCAUUUUUGAGUGCGUUCGAAGCGCUUCCCUACGAUAUUUUAUUUAAAUUUGAUGAAGACAACACAAAGAAAAUACCAAAAAAUGUUAAGAUUCAAAAAUGGUUCCCACAAAGGGAUUUGUUAGCACACCCCAACGUUAAGCUAUUUGUAACGCAAGGAGGCGUACAAUCUACUGACGAAGCCAUUGAUGCUGGUGUGCCAUUGGUCACUAUUCCUAUGUUAGGAGAACAAUAUUACAAUGCUCACAAACACGUGGAACUUGGUAUUGGAAUUAGACUAGAUGCGUUGACCCUAGAUGCUAAAACGUUGCUCAAAGGAAUAGAAGAAGUUUUAAACAACAGAAGUUAUAGGGAAAACAUCAGGAAACUCAAGGAAAUCAUGAAUGACCAGCUUCAAACUCCAAUGGAGCGCGCCGUGUGGUGGACGGAGUACGUUAUACGACAUAAGGGAGCUCGCCACUUACGCUCUCUGGCGGCGAACAUCUCCUGGGCUGAAUACCUCAUGGCAGAUGUCCUUUUUACACUAGCUGCAAUUGCCUUCUCUACAUUAUUAGCAAUUGCUUUGGUGAUCAAAUUUAUGUUGAGUACAUUAUUUAGAAUAAGUGUAACAAAAAAUAAAAUAAAACAAAGUUGA